UCAACCAUCGGCAUCUAUUCAGCCCGUGUCAACGCAUGCGCCACCCAUCAAAUAAGGGAUACAUAGUUAGUUGGGUCCAAAUUUACUAAAUUUAAAUUACAAUUUAAAGGGACACUCAUCAGUAAUAAUGGAACGAGAUCCCUCCCAAUUAUGGACCACGAUGAUGGAGGAGAAUGACCGGAUUCUCGCAUCGAUGGGAAUUUCGGAGGAUCCCACAACGGAAAUUCCCGGCAACGCAUCGGAGGAGGCCUCCUCCAAGGAACUGGUAUCGGAGCCGGUUACCAAGACUAGGAGGUCUAUCACACCUUGGCCCAGUAGUGUGGAAAACCGGAUCAGGAUCCAACUAACUCGGAUGAGAUCUCUACGGGAGAUCACGGAAAGGCUGCGGAGCGAAGAGGCAGGAGCCCUUCGCUAUGAUGAGCUCCAAUCAAAUCGGAUCGUGGUAGGGGACACGUGGUCCAAAUUCUCGGCCUACCACGAGAAGCUGAUUGAGGAAUCAGGCGAAGAAGUAAUGGACCACCCUUACUUCGCCGAAGAUAUGUUCGCCCAGGCGGACAGGAUCUAUCGGAAGGCGAUGGAUGAGCUAGGCCGCAGAGCGGCCAGUCUCCCACAACGCGGAUCGGGAAAUCAACAGGGAUCCUCAGCCAGCCAUCUGGAAAGAUUACAGGUGCCGGAGUUCCACGGCACCUACUCGGAGUGGAGAAACUUCCACGACGCCUACGUAUCACUUGUCCACAGCCAGGCCGGCUACUCGGAUAUGGACAAGAUGAUACGGCUAAGGAAGGCACUAAAGGGAUCGGCGGCAGAGCUCAUCACCAACAUCGGGACGGGAGCUGCCCACUAUGAGACAGCCUGGAAGAAGCUCGUAGCCCGGUACGAGAACCCACGGCUGAUUAUGGCAGCUCAUUUAAAUCGGCUGUUGAAAUUAAAGGACGUGAAGGAGCUAUCGUCAAAAAGCCUCCUUCAAGUAAUCGACGCGGUUACGGAAUCGCUCACGGCACUCAAGAACCUCGGGGCACCGACAGAAUGGUGGGACAUCAUGAUCUGUCACCUUAUCAGGAGGUCUCUUGAUCGGAACUCCAGCCAGGACUGGGAGCUGAAGCUGGGAGACUCCACAGAUCCCCCGCAGCUGGAGACUUUCCUCGAGUUUCUCAGGGCCCGAGCAAGGGCCUGGGAAAAUAUCGAGAGGGAAGGGGAAAAGCUGACUUCGGAACGGCCGAAACAGUCAGCAAAGGUCCAUCACGGAACGUCAUCGGGACCAUCAUCAGAGGUUAAGGGAACCUCGAGCAAAAGGACGGCAUGUGUGGCCUGCGGAGGGCCACACUGGAUUGGACCUGAGUGUGCCAAGUUCUUCGGCAUGAAUGCCGUGCAAAAGAGGCAGUUCCUCGUAGACGAGGGACUGUGUUACAAUUGCUUGGGGCCUCAUCGGGCAACAAAAUGCAAGAGCACCAGGAGGUGUCGGCAUUGCAACGGGUUGCACCACACUCUCAUCCACGAGAGGAGGCACGAUACGCCGGAAAACUCAACAAAGGCCAGCACAUCAUCGGAUCCUAGCACGAGCGGAAACAUCACGGGAACCGGAACCGGAGCGAGCAUCAAGGCGGUUCCUGUCAAUGAACAACCGGGACCAGCAUCACGCCAGGACCAGCAACACGGCGCAUCACCAUCGGAGAAGAGGUCGACGACCUCUCAGAUUCAUCUCGGGGAAUCUUAUAACUCGGAAGUGUACCACCAUUCGGAGAAUCUAUCGGCAAAGAAGCAAUAUUCGGGUGAUCAUCAACAUUCGGCGGAAAAUCAAUUCGGACAGAAAUCCCAUGAAGAAGCCAUGCCUCGUGAAGAGGAACCAUACUCGGAGAAGCAACCGGACAAUCACCACGGGGAUCAAUAUCAAUCGGAACCGCAGUCGGUCAAUCAGGUGGACACGCGCAACGUAUUGGAAGCUCAACAGAGCUGUCAGCAGGGAAAUCAACUGGUCGUCCUGGCAACGGCAAGGGUUAUUGCCCUGAAUCACCACGGAUAUUCAAGACCAGCAAGGAUCCUCAUCGACCAAGGCUCAGAAGUGUCAUUGGUAUCUGAGCGCUUGGUCAAUCAACUACAAUUGAAACGGAGUUCCUCAUCAUUAUCAAUUGUCGGCAUCGGAGAAACUUCCUCGGGAAGCACGCGUGGGGUUGUGUCAUUCGACUCACAACCGAGACACAAUUCUACUGCGUUGCUAAACUUGGAGGCUCACAUCAUGAGCAAGCUCACGGCAAAGAUCCCACCAUUUGCUUGUGACACACGGACUCCCCAGGAACUUUGGGAACUCAAUUUGGCGGAUCGGACAUUCCUGCAACCUGGGGCUAUUGACAUAAUCAUCGGAGCUGAUUACUACGGAAAAAUUAUCACGGACGGAAUUAUGAGAUACCACGGAACAGGUCUCAUAGCUCAGCAGACAUCCUUUGGCUGGGUAGUGUCGGGGCCAGUCUGUUGUACAGGCUGCGCUAAGAAGCGGUCACUGAGGGUGACCACACGGACCAUCAACCAACAAUUAUGGGACUGCUUAAAGAAGUUCUGGACGCAGGAACAAAUACCGGACAACCCAUCAACGGUAAUGAGUAAGGCUGAUGCAGAAUGCGAGCAGCAUUUUGUGGAAACUCAUAGAAGAGACGCAACGGGACGGGGAUACAGCAUCGACGGCUCGGAUUCGCUUACAGAAGCUCAACAGGCGAUUGGCGGCAGAUCCACAGGCUCAUACACUAUACCGGAAAUUCAUUAA